AGGGGUGACUGAUGAGUGCAGUGUUGUGGGCUCGGCUACAUUUUUACUUUACGUAAAUACCCACAGUGUUUCACGGAAUAUUUUCUCCUGCGGUGAAGUGUUUCACCUUUGUCGAGGAUGUCUGUGGCCGGACUGAAGAAACAGUUCCACAAAGCCAGUCAGCUACUCAGUGAAAAGAUCAGUGGAGCAGAGGGGACAAAGCUCGAUGAAGACUUCAUCGAGAUGGAGAGGAAAAUUGAGGUGACCAACAAGUUAGUGUUUGACCUCUUGUCCAAAACAACAGAAUACCUCCAGCCUAACCCAGCCUCUCGAGCCAAACUGAACAUGCUGAACACAAUGUCUAAGAUCCGCGGGCAGGUGAAGACCACUGGCUACCCUCAGACUGAAGGCCUUCUGGGAGACUGCAUGCUGCGCUUUGGCCAUGAACUGGGACAGGAGUCUGUGUUUGGCUCUGCUCUGGUGGAUAUGGGUGAGGCCAUGAGGCAGAUGGCAGAUGUGAAGGACUCCCUGGACAUAAAUGUCAAACAGAACUAUAUUGACCCCCUACAGAAUCUACAGGACAAGGACCUCAAGGAGAUCACGCACCACCUGAAGAAGCUGGAGGGCCGCAGAUUAGACUUCGACUAUAAGAAGAAGCGUCAAGGGAAAAUCCCAGAUGAGGAGAUUCGUCAGGCCGUGGAGAAGUUUGAUGAAAGCAAAGAGCUGGCUGAGAGGAGCAUGUUCAACUUCCUGGAGAAUGAUGUGGAGCAAGUGAGCCAGCUCUCAGCACUGAUCGAGGCAGCUUUAGAGUACCACCGGCAGUCAAGUGAAAUCCUGGAGGAGCUCAGCGGAAAGCUGCAGAGGAGGAUAUCCACAGCCAACACCCGGUCAAAGAGAGAGUUCAAACCAAAGUCCAUCCGGAGAAGCAUAGAAAUGCUGGACAACAGCCAGAACAAUGGGCUGUCCUACAGCCCCUCACUCAAAUCCACCGAUAUCCAGAUCACAAACACAUUCAAUGGGAAAACUGAUCAUAUAACCUCUGUCCCAAUGUCAUGGCCUGAGAGCCCCACUGCCAAUGGCAAUAUUCACCAGUCUGAGGUGUUGGACCAGCCAUGCUGUCGCUCCCUCUAUGACUUUGAGCCAGAAAACGAGGGAGAGCUGGGCUUCAAGGAGGGCGAUAUUAUCAUCCUUACCAACCAAAUAGAUGAAAACUGGUAUGAGGGCAUGAUCAACGGUGAGUCUGGCUUCUUUCCUAUCAACUACGUGAAGGUCAUUGUUCCCCUGCCUCAAUGAAGACCAGCACCUCGAGCGCUCCUCAGACUCCGUCCUGCCUCAUCACACUUGGCCUCUGUACUCAGCUCAACUGGGAUGUAAAAAUGCACAGAUCCUGAUCAGCCUGUAGCUGAAAAUAACUUUCGUGUUCUUGUUGUUCCAAGCUGACUUAAGAUCAGAUGUCGCUGAGUACAUUGUUUUUCCUAUUGACAUUUAUGAAUCUAAAGCCAACAGAAGCCCAAGCCAUUAACUGGGACACUCUGCCUAGUCGGACCACCAGUGUCCUUUGGGUCUGACCAAGGUGAAAAUGUCAAGCAGUCGUCAAACUCUGUGUUCCAUCUUGUCAGUCCAUCACAUUAGGUUGCUUCCAGUGUAUCCUUAUAAGUUUAUCUCUUUGAGCUGUCUGUCUUUUCCCUCCCAAAACCUCACCCACACUGAGGCUCCUUAACAUUGCUUUAAGUGCACCACCAGAUAAUGAUGACUGCUAUGUGAGACUAUACAGUUAUUUCAUUCAAUUAUUGUCACACUGUUUGCAUUAUAGGCACAUUCAAAACAUUUCAAGGUAUUUGGCUAAUUGUAUCAGAAUUUCCCUAAAAUUUUAUCUUGAAAUGUCAUUGACCUUUUUUUUUACUGCGCUGACCACAUGCUAGCUCACUAACAGGUUAAAUGAGUGAUUGAUGUUUAAAGGGUUGAUUCACCCAAAUUUAAGUUUAAAUUUUGAGCUAUUAGUCUGUGAGGACUUUUCCGUUACCCAAAUAUAAUGGAGGUGAAUGGAAUGCCACUUCUGCUGCUUGGAGUAUCAAACUGACAAAACAAAUUUCACAGCUCUGUAAGAAUGGGACUUAUUUUUAAUUUGAGAGAACUAACCUUUUUUUUUUUUUUUAAAAAGAGAGAGAAUCAGCAAGAUUAUUGCCAGCUUGUCUAUUUAAAACAAGUGCAAUUUUAUGUUGUGUUGCUUUUAAUAUUUUAAAAACAUUUCAUGUUCUGUAUCAUUGUCCAAAUACAAGCCUUGAUUCUCAGCAUCUGUGAUGCCAAAGUUCAAAUCAAGCCCAGUUUAUUUUAACUUAGUUUGACCAUCAUUUCUGUCCAUAAUUAUAACAUUGUACUAAGAUGAGGAACACGGUGACAUUGUUUUAAAGACGUUAGAUGGGUAAAGAAACACCAGCAGUCAGACAACUGUACCAGUUUUAUUAGUGUUUUUAGGGCAUGAUGGAGAUCAAAACAGUGCUAAAUGGAUCUGAUAACCAGGUGUAUGACUCUAAAUAAUUGUAAGUGUUGCUCAGCAAAAGUUUUCACAGAAACAUUCCUUUGUUGUUUUUUUUAGAUAUGUUUUAUUAUUUUGUAAACAUUUCAGCAACAGUUCUUGGGCACUUAAUGUCACCAGUGCGUGAAAGCCUAACAUUCCACUGGGACCAUAGUGGAUGUAUGUGACUCUGAUGCCAAUCUUGUGUUGUAGCUCAGUACUUUUCUGUUGAUGUCUUUCUUUCAUUCUAAAUGUCGCCUGUUUGCCUGCUGUGGCCUCAUUUUUACAACUGUGAGGAACUGAAGUCAACUCUACUGCUCUGAAUGUCCCUCUCUCUGUUUACAUGCUCUAACCUAUUGUGAUGUUGUAUAACAAUCUGGAUGGAUGCCUUGUCACACUGCAACCAUGUGAAAGUGAUGUUUUAAUUUUGUCCAUAUUGCACUGACGAUUUGAGAAUGUACCUCCCACAUACAUUUAUGGGUAUGCACCUUUUUUCUGUCACUGUUUUGCUUUCCCUCUUCUUUAGCAUUGCACUCUGUGUUAUUCACAACAGGAUUAAAGUCACUAUCAUAUCAAAUACAUUUGUGAGGUCAAAAUGGUAGAUACCAAAUUUAUACAACCACAUAUCUUGUUUGUACUGUACUAUAAUGAAUCCAUUAUCUCAAUUAUUGUAAUGCAGAUCAAAAAACAUGGUUGUAUCACAUCUUAAAUUCAAAGUACAGUGAGUCUGUAGACGUGGACUAUUCUGUGAUCUUGUGAAACUCGUACAGCUCUCCUAUUAGCUAUUCAAAAGCAGCAGAAUAAGUGAAAGCUUGCAAAUGUGUGCAAUGCUGAUGAACCUUUUAAUUUAAAUAGUAGCACAAUAACUAGCAGCCAUCCCUUCAGAGUCAAUUAAAUGUCAUCAGAUAAGAAGAUGUAAAAAAAUGAGGAAUUAAACUAAAUUGUGAGAAGCAAAGAGAGAAGCUAAGGUCUAUUUACCUCAGUUGAAAACCACGACCACUGGCUUUUAUUUACAUUUUUGUUUCUAAUGUCACCUGUUUUAUGAAUGGAUUUUAUUAUGUUUUAGUCAGAAACCUCUCUGUUGCCUCAUCUGCUGCAGUUUUCACUGUCUGUUGCAAACUCCACUUUCUUCACAUGGAGCAAUUGUCGAGAUGCAUUUAGGAUUAUCUUAAACAACAGCAAAGUCGUGCCACACUCACAGCUCUACUGUUCAAGUUUCUCUCUUCUAAUAGAAAUACAGAUGUUUUUUUAUUAGAAGUUUUGCCUCUUAGCAGUGCCAUGGAGCCAUUUUACUACGUUGAUUGCUGACAAGUAAAUGCAAAUGAAAAAUAUUUGACAUGGCUACAGGAUAAAUUCAGUGCGUUUUGGUGAGUAAUUGAAUUGCUUCAGUUUACGAUUUCAAACACGUCAACAGACAUGACUGGAGACUAAGAACUGUGUCAUCUGUUUGAAAAUGUGUUUGCAUAAGUUUACAUACAAAAGAAAGAUUAAUAUGUCAACAUUUCAGCAAGAAACAUGAAUUCACAGAGGUUCACUACAGGUGGUGGACAGAAACUAAGGUUUUUACUUUAGACUGGUUCUGAGACAGAUUCUGGGUCAAUUUGGAUCAGUUCAGAUCUAUAAUGUGUUUGGUUACCAACUGGAAAGCGUUUUUUAAAAUUUGCUACCGCUCUGAUUCACACCCUCACUUCCUUCCCUUUCAGUAGCAACAGCAAUUGAGGUAAUGGGUACUGUUGUAUUUACAGCUGUCCACCAUACCAAAGUGAUGGACAAAACAUGAUUUCUCAGGAACAAAACUGAAACAAUGACCACAUUUGCCACAAUGUAAACCAAUAAGAUUGUUCCAUCCUGUGUUUCUGUGUUGAGGAUAUUGUUUUUUUAUUUGUUUGUUGUUGUUGUUUUUUUUUUUUACUGAAAUGAGAAGACAAGAAAAAAAAAAUUUUCAUUGCAAAGUGGGGAGUUUGGCAUGAUUGAAUAAACCACAUGACCCCAUCUUAAUGUUCUGCUGCCUUUUUUUUAGUGAUCAGACCCAGAUAUUAGACAACUGUUAAGAAUUUACACGACUUAAUGAUUCUCAUUUCACAAACAGCUUUUCCCUCCAGACUUAUGUGCAUUUGCUUGCUAUAGUUUUAUUCUUAAAGACUUACUAAUAAUGUGAAUAGACAUAGCUCCAGACCUAAAGUUAGGUUUGGAUGUUUGUCUCAGUAUGUACUCUAUUCCUAAUUUAUGUUAUUUAUUCAUUUUUGACCAUAUGUAUACUGAGUUUUCUUUAUGUACAAUAGAAAGACAGUGAAGAAAAUAUAUUUGAUACUUACUGUUAGCUUGCAACUUCGUAGAUGUUCAAGAUGUUACAUGAUGAUUUGUUUUUUAAAUAAAGAUUGUGAUCAUGAAUUUUCUGGAUACUGGGGAGCACGUAGCACUUUGUGCUAUCUGCAGUAUAGUCACAGAACCUUACAGAAAAGAAUGUCCUUGAGAAGGUUUAUUCCUGCAUUAAGUCUCCAGACAACAACAGGGGAAGAUUUUAUUUUUUUUCAGAAUAUUUGAUUUAACCACAUAUUAAUAUACCAAAACAACUAUAUGUUGUUAUAUCAACUAUUUCCAAUGUGACUGGUUUUGUAGACUGAACACAAGAUAAGCCUAUUUCAAAUUAUUCUUAUUAUUAUUAUUGUUAUUAUCAUCAUUAUGAUCAGUUCGCCCCACAGUAUGAACGACUGAUUCUUUGAUACACUAAAUUAGGAGCGCUCUCUCAACAAUGUACCUCUGUUUGCCUUUGCAGUUUCUCUUCAGUAUUCAUUUUACAGCCUACUUCUAGACAAAGGAAAGUGGUUGUGCUGUUCUGUGUUUUAUUUUUACAGUAGCAUAAUUUAUGCAAAAGGUGUUUUAUAGACAUGUUGUAAAUGAAUAUAUGAAUAAAUAUAUUGCGUAAAUAAAAAAAAACAAGCAAAUAUUUAAUCAAAA